AUGGAUGCAAGGCCUCAGCGAAUUCGCGUCCGCGGCGACGAGAAUGCCCCAGUCGGUGCCCUUCCUACCAAGACCAUUCACCAACGGAAUAAAUCUACUCCUGCUCUAUCGGCUGCUCUACAAAACGGGGGUCUGAGAAAUGCUGCCAAACGCACUGCCUUUGGUGAUAUUAGCAACAUCCGGGCCAGCAAAGAUGACAGUCAUGUUGCUGGCAAGAACAUCACCCUUGCAAAACCUGGCGUAUCUGCUCAGGAUAGGAAGGUUCAUGCCCUCUCACAACCUGCCCAGCGCUCCGCAUCUGUUAUGGGCAUCAAGACGAUUCUAAAUACUACGAGCAAUAUCAACGUCAAGCAAGUACUUGGAGAUUCUCACAACAACACGGCAACCACGCGCAAAUUACUCACUAAACGUAGUACCGUCGCGUCCAAGAAGCAGCAACUUUCAGUUGUCAGUGAAGUCAAGCCUAGUGUUAAUGAACAGCCAGUAUCGCGUGUCGACCAUUCCCGUCUGCUUCUCGCGAAACCAUUUGCUGGAUUGGCUGACAGGAACGUCAACGAAACUGAAAAGAACUAUUUUCACCCAGGUACUGAGAUAACAUCCGAUGACACUAUCGAACAGCCUGCCAGUGAGGACAAUGACUCAGUGAACGCUGGCGUUGGAACUGUUGAGAUUGUUGAAAAGGAGUCAGUUCAUCAGGUAAAGCUGAAGGACAAAGAAGAGGACUCGGAAGAGUCGGUCAAAGAAGAGAUCGCAAGCGUAGAGAUCUCCGCAGAGGCUCGCAAAUUGGAUCAUCAUGCCCCACGCGGUUCCCUUGACCUAAUCCAUGUCCACUCUGGCCAUGGAGCCGUAGCCUCGGAGCCGGAAGAAUACUGGGAUGACGACGAGGAUGACAAUGAAGAAGAUGAUGGUUAUGUUACUGCGCGUUCCUAUCGGUCUCGGAGCGAAAACACAACUGGAGGAGCAACUACUGUUCUCUUUCCCAAGUACAACACGAAGGCACGGCGAGAGAUUGCUAUGGCCAAGCAACUUGUCGAGGCCUCACGCACUACAGACGAUAUUGAGGAUGAAAUGUGGGACACGAGCAUGGUGGCAGAGUAUGGGGACGAAAUCUUCGAGUACAUGCGAGAGAUGGAGAUCAGAAUGCUACCGAAUGCACAUUACAUGGACAAUCAGGCAGAGAUCCAAUGGUCGAUGCGCUCAGUUCUCAUUGACUGGCUCGUGCAAGUUCACCAUCGGUUCUCCCUAUUGCCAGAGACGCUGUUUCUCUCGGUGAACUACAUUGACCGAUUUCUGUCAUGCAAAAUUGUCUCCUUGGGCAAACUCCAGCUGGUUGGAGCUACCGCCAUCUUCAUCGCAGCCAAGUAUGAGGAGAUCAAUUGCCCUUCAGUUCACGAGAUUGUUUACAUGGUCGACAAGGGUUACUCUGCCGAUGAGAUCCUGAAGGCUGAACGCUUCAUGCUUAGCAUGUUGCAGUUUGAACUGGGGUGGCCGGGGCCAAUGAGUUUCCUGCGAAGAAUCAGCAAAGCAGAUGAUUAUGAUUUGGAUACGCGUACCUUAGCCAAGUACUUCUUGGAGGUCACCAUCAUGGACGAACGCUUUGUUGGCAGCCCUCCAAGCUACACUGCUGCAGGCGCUCAUUGUCUUGCUCGAUUGAUGCUCCACAAGGGAGACUGGUCUCACGCUCAUGUGUACUAUUCCAAUUACACAUAUGCACAACUCUAUCCACUUUUGCUUAUUAUCCUGGAGUGUUGUGAGAACCCUUCGAAGCAUCACAACGCCAUUUACGAAAAGUAUGCGGACCGUCGAUUCAAGCGAUCCUCUGUGUUUGUUGAAGCUGAAAUUGCCAAGGGCUUUCGCCUUCCAGACUCGUACAAGGGCAACGACCCUUUCGCCUAA